UAUGGCUUCUACUACCACAGCUGUGAGCCCCACAACCACUCUUAUGUCUUCAGAAUCUACAACAACACCUUCAACAGCAACAAAUGCUGCUCCAACUGCUGACACUUCAACAACUGAAGCUUCAACAACUGCAGCCAGGAACCCCACAACUAUGCCUGUAUUCUCAAUACCUACAUCAACAGAAAAUGCUGCUCCAACAACAACUCCACUGUCUUCGACAGCUGAAGCUUCUACUACCAUAGCUGUGAACCCCACAACCACUCUUAUAUCAUCAGCAACUGCACCUACAACAACAACAAAUGCUACUACACCACAAUCUUUGACCACUGAAGGUUAUACAACCACAGCUGUGAACCCCACAACCACUCUUAUUUCUUCAGAAUCUACAACAACAGCUGCUCCAACAGCACCAUUGUCAACAACAAAUAAAGCUACAACCACCACAACAGUGAACCCCACAACAACGCCUGUAUUCUCAGUACCUACAGCAACAGAAAAUGCUGCUCCAACAGAGACGCCAUCGUCAACAAUUAAAAGUGAAGCUUAUACAACCACAGCUGUGACCCCAACAACCACACUCAUAUCUUCACCAACUGCAACUGCACAAUCUUCAACAACUGAAGCUUUAACAACCGCAGCCAGAAACCCCACAACCAUGCCUGUAUUCUCUCUACAUCCAGCAACAGAAAAUGUUGCUCCAACAACAACUCCACAGUCUUCGACAACUGAAGCUUCUACUACCAAAGCUGUGAACCCCACAACCACUCUUAUAUCCUCAGCAACUGCACCUACAACAACAACAAAGGCUGCUACAGCACAAUCUUUGACCACUGAAGGUUAUAAAACCACAGCUGUGAGCCCCACAACCACAGAAAAUGCUGCUCCAACAAAGACACCAUCUUCAGCAAUAACAACUGAAGCUUAUACAACCACAGCUGGGAACCCCACCACCAUGCCUGUAUUCUCUGCACCUCCAGCAACAGAAAAUGCUGCUCCAACAACUCCAUUGUCUUUGACAACUAAAGCUUCUGCUACCCAAGCUGUGAACCCCACAACCACUCGGAUAUCAUCAGAAACCACAAUAACAGCAAAAACUGCUCCAACAACACCAUUGUCAACAACAAAUGAAACUUUAACAACCAAAGCAAUAAACCCCACAACCAUGCCUGUGUUCCCAGCACCUACAAAUGCACCUCCAGCAACAGAAAAUGCAGCUCCAACAACAACUCCACUGUCUUUGGUGACUGAAGCUUCUACUACCACAGCUGUGAACCCCACAACCACUCUUAUAUCCUCAGCAAUUGCACUUACAACAAAUGCUGCUACAGCACAAUCUUCGACCACUGAAGUUUAUGCAACCACAGCUGUGAGCCCUACAACCACUCUUAUUUCUUCAGAAUCUACAACAACAGCAAAAGCUGCUCCAACAACACCGUUUUCAACAAUAAAUGAAGCUUCAAGCACCACAGCAGUGAAUCCCACAACCACGCCUGUUUUCUCAGCACCUACAGCAACUGAAAAUGGUGCUCCAACAACAACUCCACUAUCUUCAACAACUAUGGCUUCUACUACCACAGCUGUGAGCCCCACAACCACUCUUUUAUCUUCAGAAUCUACAACAACACCUUCAACAGCAACAAAUGCUGCUCCAACUGCUGACACUUCAACAACUGAAGCUUCAACAACUGCAGCCAGGAACCCCACAACUAUGCCUGUAUUCUCAAUACCUACAUCAACAGAAAAUACUGCUCCAACAACAACUCCACUGUCUUCGACAGCUGAAGCUUCUACUACCAUAGCUGUGAACCCCACAACCACUUGGAUAUCAUCAGAAACCACAAUAACAGCAAAAGCUGCUCCAACAACACCAUUGUCAACAACAAAUGAAACUUUAACAACCAAAGCAAUAAACCCCACAACCAUGCCUGUGUUCCCAGCACCUACAAAUGCACCUCCAGCAACAGAAAAUGUGGCUCCAGCAACAACAGCACAGCCUUCAACAAAUGAAGCUUCUACAACCACAGUUGUGAAUCCUACAACCAUGCUUGUAUUUCCAGAACCUCCAACAAAUGCUGCACCACCAACAACAGCAGUAACUCCAACAACUGAUGCUUCUACAUCACUAAAGAUUAUACAACCACAGCUGUGA